CUUUGAAGUCAACUCCCCAUUGAUAUAAUCAUGGCUUUCACUGCACAUCACAGGACAGCAACAGUGGAAGGAACUCUGUCUAACGCUGGAUUGUCAGUUCAUGUUGAGAUCCGUGCGCCGGCCCCUCCGCUGACUUCCCAUCCAUGCUGUAUGAGAAGACAGAAGAAUGAUCGCAUCCUUAUCUAAAGGAAAUCUACUAGACGUACUCCAGGAGGGCUUCAAUGAGCAACAGCUGGCGGCAUAUGUGUCCUGGGUGAACGCGCAGCUCAGGAAGAGGCCGGGCGUGGCUCCGGUUCAGGACCUGCGGCAGGACCUCCGGGAUGGCGUGGUCCUCGCACACCUCAUCGAGAUUGUGGCUGGGGAGGUCCUAGAGGGGAUUCACUACCUCCCGCGCGAUGUUCAGGACAGCAGAGAGAAUGUGGAGAAGGUCCUGCAGUUCGUGUCAUCCAAGCAAAUCCGCAUGCCUCAGACGUCGGCCCGCGACAUCAUGGAGGGGAACCUGAAGUCUGCCAUGAGGCUCAUCCUGGCGCUGGCAGCCCACUUCAAGCCCUCUGCCUCCGCCGGUCACAGAGCAGCCGCUGCCAUGGGACGGAGCCAGCCUGGGCCCUCCUCGACCAAUCACCGUCCUCACUCCACCAUGGCCAUGGCUCAGAAUGCCAUGGCGACUUUGGCAGCAGCCCGGCAGGAUGCCUCCCGUUCGGGGCGCAGUGUUCUCCAGCUGAGGCAGGAGUGGCACAGCCGCAAGGCCAGCGUGGAUGAGGAGAUUGAGAGCCCGUGCUGGAGCGUCCGGGCACUGGUUCAGCAGUACGAGUGCCAGCGGGAGGGGCGAGAAGACAGCACAGAGACCCUGCCCUCCAGUCUCAGCUCACCCAGUCCCACGCACACACCCAAAGCAGAGUCUAUUGUAAGCCAAUCGGAGGACAAAGGGGAGCUUGUGGAUGGCCAAUCAGAGGAAACAUCUAGCAAAUCAGAUGAUGUGGCAAAGCCCGUGUCCUUUGGGCCAGGGGCUGCUGUAGUGCAUGCUGGGCCAGCGGGACGCUGUUCAUGGGAGGACCAGCUGUGUGAGCAGCAGGAGCAGCUAGAGAGAGAGAUGCACGAGGCCAGGAGGAUGGUGUCCAGUUUACAGGCUUUGCUGCUACAUGGCUCACUACCCGAAGACGAACAGGAGGUCUCUCUGAGCCUGGGAGAGGGAACGGAGAAUGCAGAACAGCAGCUGGUGGUAAUCCGCAGUCGUCUGGACCAAAGCAUGGAGGAGUCUCUCAAUUUGAAGAAGGAGCUGCUGAAGUACAAGCAGGAGUCACGAAACCUGCAGGGAGUCAAGGACGCCCUGCAGCAGCGCUUGGCAGUGCAGGAGGCGUCUGUGCUGCAGCUCAAGCAGGAGCUGCUGCGAUCCAGCAUGGCCCGGGAGGAGCUGGUGGGACAGAACGCGGAGCUGCAGAGGAAGCUGGAGGACAGGAGCAGACAACUGAAUGAAUAUAAGAAAGACCUGGGGCAGAAGGAGAGGCUGCUACAGCAACAGCAGCUGAAGCUGGAUGAAGCCCUGCGGAAACUGGCAGAGAGCAGCCAUCACAAGGCUGGCCUGCAGAGGGAACUAGAACACAAAGAGAGCCUCCUGCAGGAGCUGAUGAACCAUGAUCUGGAUGAGUCUGUGUUCCAGGUGGCUGGCCCUCAGAAUAAUGGUUAUUCUCACCUGCCAGGCCCCACCCCCCCACUCAAAGGGGCGGAGGAACUGCAGCUGGUGCGUGACGCUCUGCGAAGUCUGAGAAACAGCUUCAGUGGGCAUGACCCCCAGCACCACACCCUGGACACACUGGAGCAGGGCGUGGCCAGCCUGAUGGACCGCCUCCAUGCCUUGGACACACGGCGCAGACCAGACAGGAGGGGUCGUGGGAAAUCACCGGGGCGCAAAGCCACUCACACAGACCGUGACUCAUGGCCUUCCAGCACCAAAAUGGCUCAUUCUCACAGUAGCCCAGUGCUCAAUGCCUCAAUCUCGACCAAAGUGCUCUACUUCACCGAUCGAUCGCUCACGCCCUUCAUGGUCAACAUACCCAAAAGGCUGGGGGAGGUGACACUCAGAGACUUCAAGGCGGCUGUGGAUCGGGAAGGCAACUUCCGGUACCACUUCAAAGCCCUGGACCCUGAAUUUGGCACAGUGAAGGAGGAGGUGUUCCAGGAUGAUGCAGUGGUACCGGGCUGGGAGGGAAAGAUUGUUGCGUGGGUGGAGGAAGACCAUGGGGAGAGCAGGACCUAGGGGUAGGCUGUUGAAAGGACCCUCUCCCUGCACUGUUCCAGCCAUAAGCCAAUGCGGAGAGGACCAGAGGCCGUGUACAGGACAAGCAGCCAUUGUGCAUACUCCAGUGCUGCAGAUGGUUACCCUGUCAUCUUCUGGACUUGGCAGUUGUGGCUACCAUUUCUCCCUGGACCCAACUGGCCCAGAGCAGGUGAAAAUGGAUGGGAAUGGUUAAUGCCAUUGUUGUCCAAACCCUCUGCCCACAGGGCCCAGGGGAAACCACCUCCACCUCAGUAUGGAGACAUAUCACAGGCCUGUGACCACAGCAUUUCUGUACCUUCUCAAAAAUCCUACUGCAUACUGAAUAGACUCAAUUGUGAGAAAAUGGAGACAGAACACGCUGUCUGAGUUUGUGCCAAAUCUUGUACAGCCAUUUACAGCACUCUCUUUAGAACAGAGUCCAUCAGUCUUACUGCAUGUCGUGGUGAUAAAAAUUACUUUUUGUAGCUCAUGAUUUCUUGCACAAGUAUUUCUGACAAGCCAGUUGUUACACAUCAAUGAAGAUCAGUUCCAGAAUCUCUGUAGGCAGACCAUCACGCCUUCUGUGGACAGUACCAUUAGUUUGGACUGAACAGCUGCACAAUGGCUUUGAGCUGUAGUUGCCAUACACGGCUAGUUUCAUUAAUGUCAGUAAACAGGUUUCAAGUAAGCAGAAUUAAAGGAUGGCAGUUGCAGUUAAAUCUGCCACUACCACUGUGGCUGUGUUGAGGGGUUUGGCAAGAGGGAGUUUUUCCAGAGUUUGUGUAACAAAGAAGAGUGUUUUAUGCCAAAGAGAGCUGGGGCCAAUUCCAGAUGUAAACUGGAACCCGACUGUUUUCGGUGUAAAACAAUAUCAUUGAUUGUAUCAUUUUUUUUUUUUGGUUAUUGAAAUAAUUGCUCUACAAUUCCACUGGCAGGUAUUUUGCUUGAACCCUUUAAAAAUAAAGUGAUACUGAAAGCAAAAUUGCCCUCAACUCUUUGGCCAAAACACUCUAAUGCCAUUCAAGACCUGUCUCAAAGCUACUGAGGAGCUGUAAUAUCACUGUGUAGAAAAUGAGACCCAGCGCUUACAGCGAAGGUCAAGUAUGACGGUGUCCUUCACUGGAGGACACGCUCCCAUAAUGCACUGCUGGUGAGCCUGGCCAAAGUGUCACAUGGGUUAGGUUCCAACAUAUUUUCAAGUGGUGCUCAGUCAUGUGUUGAAAUUGAAUGUUUGUUUUCUAGAAUGUCUAAACUGUGGAGUGUUUUUAAUCAAAUUGAAGGUUUUAUUUGCAGAAAGCUGUAAUUGUGGCUGGUAGAGCCUUCAUAUCUACUGUAAACAAUUAAGUGUGUGAAAAUGGCCAAACUCUCCUGGCAUGUUCCAGGGGCGCUUGCUGUGGUUGCUCUGUGUAUACAUGCUUCAUUUGUGUCAUACUCUUCAGGAUGAAUGUGAUAACAGUAGAGCAAUAUAGAAUGAGAGAAUUUAUUUUGUGAAGGCUGGUACAGUAUAUUCCAACUGUUUGCCUGUCUUUGAUAUCAACUUUGUAAUUUUUUGUCUAUUGUUGUAAAUAAGUUUUAUAACAUAUAUUGUUAAAGAGAAGCAUGAUGUUUUAUUUUGAAUGUUUAAACUGGUACAUUGAUACCCCUAGAAUGUUUUAUGAGGAAAGUGCUUUGUCAAUGGGUCUUUAACAACAAGGAGGCAGUACCCACACCAUGCUGUUCUUUGUUUUCCCAGCAUGCAGGUGUAUUCACCCUCCUCUCUUGACUGUUUAAUUUUUAAACCACUAGAGACCAUUGUACAUGGUUGCUUGAGACCCUUACCUGCCUGGAAGGUGACUGUAGUCACAGCAAAGAAAAACACACAACACUGUGACUGUGUUUAUUGCUCAUGAAUACCUGAUUUCCCACUGGAAGCAAGUAAGUGCAAUCAGACAUUGCAGUCCAUGGCCCCUUAAGAUGUCAGGACCAUCUGAUAUAGGGAUCCAAAUGUAACACCCUUGGGGCAAGUAAUUAGAGGCAGAGAAGAAGAAACCUGAAGUUGCAUUAUAUAGCUGGGGGAAGGGGGACCAAUUUACGUGCAACCUGUACAAUACUGCCAUACUAUAAAACAUACUUUUUCCUAUGGACAUUUGAUGGAUUUUGCCGUUGUUUUUUACAGUUCCGUUUCUAAGAGUUUAAUAGAUUGCCUCACGUUUUAAAACGUAUGUUUCCCUUAAAGAGCUAUCCCAUUAAACAUUGCAUACUGGGUA